AUGAAGGCGCUUAUAGUUGGGUCGAAGGAGGCCGCCUCUUGUCCGGCCAUCAUCUGUGUUGCGGGAGCCACGGUGGACCUCCCCCCCGAACAGUGGAAGUUGCUCGCUGAGGAUAAGCAUCCGUUGAUGGCCCGUCUGUUCGACUUUGUCACCGGGCUUGCAGCGCAGGCUGAAGAGACCGCAUGGUUGAAGAAACACCAGGAGUCGGGCGUUGGUGGGGUCGCGGUCGUGGGCUUUGAGGAGCUUGCGUCCGCGCUUGCUAAUGCGGUUCGGGUGUUGGAGAAGGAGGCGAGGGCGAUCGCGCAGGAAAGAGCGGCCCUGGUCGAUACGUGUAACCAGGAGGCGUUGGUGCUGGGGCGAGUGGACGCGAGGCUAGGACAGCUGCAGGGGGUGGUGGCAGACUCCAAGGAAACCGCUCAGAAGAAGCUGACGGACGAGGUUGCGCGGAAGAUCGACAACAUGUCGAUCGCGGUCUCCGCGACAGCAGAGCGGGCAAUCACCACCAGCGGGGUCAUGAACGCGCUGCACACCCUCAUCACGCUCGUUGGAGGAGGCCCCCCGCCGCGCACGGAUAAUGAAGGAACGGCCGCGACGGAGAUUGCCGAGCCCGGGGAUGCAGAGCAUGGAAAGUGGGCAACGGGUGCGAAGGCGGAGAAUCAACGGGGGGCGAAGAGGCAGAGAGGUCCCCAGGCAGCGGCCGCGGUGCGCAAUCCGGGCGUGCAGGACAUGCUGAAGCAGAAGUGGGGCGCUGCAUCGCGAGGUGCAACACCGCCUGGUCAACCGGGUUCGAGCUCGCGCUCCAUCCCACCUGGAGAAGCUGCACCCAAACCACCGGGCCCUGCCGGGGCAACCGCGACAGUGACAACUACUGUGGGUCGGGGCAAGGGUAAGGCGGAGGAUGGAGAGGCGCCGGCUGCUGCGCAUUCGCUGGCCUUGAGGCGUGAGGUCCAGUCCGCAGCGGCUGCUGCGGCAGAGGGCAGGCAGACCACGCUCGCACCUGCUCGCGGGGAAACGCGGACGGGUGGCAAGAAGUUGCCCCCUCCACCCGUGUACACGAUCGACGAGGACGAUGCGGAUGAGGAGCUGGAGGGUCUCGUGAGUAGGUGGGUCGAGGCGGGCGACGGAGGAGAGCAGGGUGGGGAGGCUGCGGUCGAUGUUUAUAGCGGCGGGGAGAGCGCAGACUAG